UAGGAAGAUAAUCUUAAAAAGUAUUUUUAAAAGUACAUGUACACUAAUUGGAUAUCUCUGAUCUCACAUGGGAGAGGAGUAGUUGCGAUACCGUGAAAAAUCCAGGGUCUAAAAAUUUCCUGGUGAAAACCCCGAUAAGGAAUAAAAUUUCUAUUAGGAAUAAAAUUUAAAAAUAAAAACAAAUCUGCCAAGAUUAAGAAGACUCGAAUACUCAGACAAGAAAGAUAUAAUCUUUAAGCCAAGUGCAGAUAUCCCUACAGAUGGACUGAUUCUUAAGGGCUGGUAUAGCACAGUGACUCUAGCUGUAUAUGGAUCAUUGACAACUGUCAGUCAAGAUCAUGCCUCACCCCCUCCCCCACCUCCUCCAGCUCCAUCGCAGCCCAGACACGCAGAUAAAAGAAGCAAUGAGUACCCAGGGGCCUCCCACGUGGCACCCCACCAGCCUUCCCCUCAAGCCCAAAUAUCACCAGUCCCUGCCCCCAACACAAUGGUCCCAGAGCCCCACCCAGGGGCAAUACCAGAAAGGGGCCUUCAACCACCACAUGGCCAUGACCCCCAUGUUGGAAGAUUGCAUCCAGAAGCAAAUAGAACACAAAUGUUGCCAGAGAACACACACGCUGGGCACCCCCCAGGCAGUCACAUCCCAGGAGGUCAUCCCCCAGGAAUGAUCCCGCUUGAUAGAAUCCCAAUGGAAUGGGAUAAUACUCAAGGGGGAUUCCUGCCACCAGCGUACCCCCCACCAAGUGGCCACAUGGGAGUACCCCCUCAGGCUCCACCUGGACAACAUAUGGCUCCAACGCAGCACCUAGGUGUUCCACAAGAUGGCUAUCGAGAUGUAGAUGACCGUAGUGCUCUCCUUGCCCAACAGGCACCUCCCCAACCUCAGGGUGAGAUUUAUGAUGAUCGUUAUGGUUACCAUCACCGAGGUAGCAGGGAUCAAUCACGGGAGGGCUCCCCAAGAGAUUUCAGAGACUACAGGGAUGAAAGACCAUCCAGAGAUAGAUCCUACAAUGAUAGUUAUGACAAGAGAGAUUAUGACUCAAGAGGUAGACGACAAACAAGGUCAAGGUCACCAGGACGUAGACCAGCUUCCCCACAAAGGUCAAUGUCACCAUCAAGAAGACAUGACUCUCCUAGCAGUUUGAGGUCACCGGGUAGACGGUCAAGAUCUCCUGGUAGAAGGUCAAGGUCACCUGGAAGAAGGUCUAGAUCACCUGGAAGAAGAUCAAGAUCACCUGGAAGAAGAUCAAGAUCACCUGGAAGAAGGUCAAGGUCACCUGGAAGAAGGUCUAGGUCACCUGGAAGAAGGUCUAGAUCUCCAGGAAGAAGGUCAAGGUCACCAGGUGGUAAGUUGAGGUCUCCAGUAGCAAGAUCUAGAUCACCAGGGAGAAGGUCAAGGUCACCAGCUAGAAGGUCGCAUACACCUGGAAGAAGGUCAAGAUCACCAGGUGGAAGGUCAAGGUCACCUGGUAGAAGGUCAAGAACACCAAGUGGAAGGUCUAGAUCACCAGGAAGAAGGUCAAGGUCACCUGGAAGGAGAUCAAGAUCACCUAAUCGAAGAUCUCCCAUUCGAAGGUCCAGAUCCCCAGGUAGAAGAUCCAGGUCUCCAGCUAGGAGAUCUAGGUCUCCAAGGAGAAGAUCCAGGACACCUGAAGGACGGUCCAGAUCUCCAAGAAGAUCAAGAUCUCCUAGUAGAAGAUCACGGUCCCCAAGAAGACCAGGCUCCCCACCAAGUUCAAGAUCACCUAGGCGACCUGGCUCACCACCAAAAUCAAGGUCUCCCUCAUUAAGAUCACGAUCACCUAGAAGGUCACCUUCAGGAAGAUCCUGGUCACCAAGGUCUGGAGCUCCAAGAUCAUGGUCUCCAGGGCAACAGAGGAUGUGGUCACCAGGUCGUCCAAGGUCAAGAUCACCAGGUCGUCCAAGGUCAAGGUCACCAGGAUCAUAUAGGUCAAGAUCUCCAGGAUCAUACAGGUCAAGAUCCCCAGGAGCUAGCAG